AUUUGACCUUUGUGCAAUAAAAUAUGAUUGAACAAUGUAAAUUGUUUGUUGUGUUGAAUGCAUUGUGCGUCUGGCCCGUGCCAGUACGGCAUUCUCUAUUGGCCUGCGCACACGCAAGUGUCGCCGAGUGAUCGUGUAGCGAUGGAGCCGAACGGUACAUCGUUUUUAGAUAAAGUGCUCAGUUUAGUCAAAGAGGAAAGGGCUGAUAGUGUUCCGCUAAUAAGAUUUAAACACCCGAAGGAAUUGGAGGCAAUUUUGGACCUAGACGUGACAAAGGGCGUGAGUGACAAGGACCUGGAGCAAUGCGUGCGCGAAGUGUUGAAGUACAGCGUGAAGACUCACAAGGCUACCUUCAGGAACCAGUUGUUCUGUGGCACAGACCCUUAUGGGCUGGCCGGGGCAUGGAUCUCAGAAGCUUGUAAUACUAGUCAGUACACAUUUGAAGUGGGUCCAGUAUUCACACUCAUUGAGCUAAAACUCUUGGGUCACAUACUCAAACUGUUCGGGAUACCAAAUGGAGACGGUAUCUUCAGCCCUGGAGGCAGUAUAUCCAUACUCUAUGGGAUGGUGGCUGCGAGGUACAAAGCCUUCCCUGACAUCAAGGCCAAAGGCAUGAGGAAUCUGCCUGAGAUGGUCAUAUUUACUUCUGAAGAUAGUCACUACGCUAUCAAAAAAGCAGCUCACUGGCUGGGCUUCGGCACAGAAUCCAUUCGGAUCAUACCAACGAAUGACAUAGGACAGAUGCUCAUACACAAGCUAGAAGAAGCUAUUCAGAAAGAACUGGAUCUUGGCAGAUGUCCUGUGUUCGUGAAUGCCACAGCCGGGACUACGGUGUUGGGCGCAAUUGAUGAUUUAGACGCCGUAGCUGAUGUGUGUGAGAAGCAUGGCGUUUGGAUGCAUGUUGAUGCUUGCUGGGGAGGCAGUUUAAUGCUUUCACCGAAAUACAAAACCAAACUCAAAGGCAUAGAGAGAGCCAACUCAAUAUCGUGGAACCCUCACAAGAUGGCGGGCGCUCCGCUGCAAUGUUCAGUGUUCAUGGUGAGAGACAAGGGCUUGCUGCACGAGGCGAACUCUGCGGCAGCACAGUACCUGUUCCAACAGGACAAGUUCUAUGACGUGUCUUAUGACACCGGGGACAAGAGUGUGCAGUGUGGGAGGAAGAUCGACGCCUUCAAACUAUGGAUGAUGUGGAAAGCUCGAGGGGAUCUGGGUCUGAGCAAACUAGCAGACCAGACGAUGGCUACAGCACAGUUCUGUCUGAACACCGUAGCCAAGAGGGAUGGCUUCAAACUGGUUUCGGAAGUACUGCAAUGCCCUAAUGUGUGCUUCUGGUAUAUUCCGAAGUUUAUGAGGGAGAGGGAACAGGAUCAGGGAUGGUGGGAGACCAUGCAUAAGAUAACUCCAAAAAUAAAGGAGCUCCUAACAUUAAACUCGCAGCUGAUGGUAGCUUACUCCCCGCUACGUAACUACAAGAAUUUCUUCCGUCUCGCCUUCACGUUCCAUCCAGCGGUCUCCGAAGACCAAGUGUUGAGUAUGCUGCAGUCCAUAGAACAAUGUGGAGAGACCGUUACUUUGUCCAUGCUGUCGUAAGAUCUUUAUGUUAUAAUUGUGGAAUAUACUCGUAUAUAUGAGAAUCUGAAUAUUUUAACA